AUGGGAUUCGGUGACUUUGACUCGAUAUGCCGAAAGGCAGCGCUGCCUCUCUGUUCCCUCGUUGGCCCGGCCUCCUCCAUCUCAGGGUCAACCGGUAUCAUCCCGAAUUGUUAUGCGCGAAACAUCGAACUCGCCAACACGAUCAUCUUUGAAGGCGCUGCCUCAUUUGUACACAUCAUGGCCCUGGGAAUGACGGUUAUUAUGAUUCUCCAUAUCAGAUCCAAGUUCACUGCUGUCGGCCGCAAAGAGGUGAUCACCUUCUUUUAUAUCUAUAUGCUUCUCACCAUGUGUUCCUUGGUCAUUGAUGCUGGCGUCGUUCCCCCGAGAAGUGACCCGUUUCCCUACUUUGUCGCCGUGCAGAAUGGAUUGGCUUCCGCGUUGUGUACCUCUCUCCUCGUCAAUGGCUUCGUGGGGUUCCAGCUUUACGAAGAUGGAACAGCUCUGUCGGUCUGGCUGCUUCGAAUCACUUCCACCGUCAUGUUUGCGGUCUCUUUCCUGAUCUCCCUCCUGACGUUCAAGUCAUGGGGCGGCCUCAGUCCAACCAAUACCGUGGGCAUGUUCGUGGUCCUGUACAUCCUCAACGCGAUCUGCAUAGCGGUGUAUCUGGUCAUGCAGCUCUUACUCGUUAUGAACACCCUCGAGGACCGGUGGCCUCUGGGUCAUAUUGCGUUCGGCUUGCUCGUUUUCAUUUGCGGACAAGUCCUUCUAUACGGCUUCAGUGACACCAUUUGCGACAACGUCCAACAUUACUUGGACGGUCUGUUCUUUGCGACUGUUUGCAAUCUCUUGGCUGUUAUGAUGGUCUACAAGUUCUGGGAUUAUAUCACCAAGGAAGAUCUCGAGUUCUCAGUGGGUAUCAAACCCAACACCUGGGAAGUGAAAGAGCUUCUCCCAGAGGAGGACCGUCGCGCAACAGUCUAUCAGGAUACGAACUCGGAAUAUGCCGGGAGCAUGUAUCACCACCGACCAUCGACAUAUAACGGCCACAAUUAUUAA